GGCGGUUCUCUUUUCUCAUUCAUUGUCGUGGUCUCUUCGGGCUUGAAUUGUAUACACACACGCGUUUUGCUGCCUUUCGCGAGUUGGACUACGCGGUAGCGGAUGAUAAUUUUAAUUUUAAGAAGUAUCGCGUGAAAAACGAAAAUCGUCAAUUGUUGUGUUUUGUACUUACGAACGAGUGAAUACCACGAGCGGGAUGUUACGAUUACCCUCUUUGUUGACCAAGACCGCACUGUCCACGGUUCGCGGAAUUUCGGCAAACACGUCCCAGCGGGGACUGCAUUUCACCGUGGGUCAAAACAAUGCUAGAGCAAGCCACGAUGCCAUUUCCAACGAAUACCCAGUGGUUGACCAUACAUAUGACGCGGUCGUUGUCGGAGCUGGUGGAGCAGGGCUACGAGCAGCCUUCGGUUUGGUUGCAGAAGGGUUCAAAACUGCCGUAAUCACAAAAUUAUUCCCAACACGUUCGCACACUGUUGCAGCUCAGGGAGGAAUUAAUGCUGCACUCGGCAAUAUGGAGGAAGAUGACUGGAAGUGGCACAUGUACGAUACGGUUAAGGGAUCCGAUUGGUUGGGAGAUCAAGAUGCUAUCCACUACAUGACUCGAGAAGCACCGAAGGCUGUCAUUGAAUUGGAAAAUUACGGUAUGCCAUUCUCUCGCACUCCCGACGGUAAAAUCUAUCAACGCGCCUUCGGGGGUCAAAGUUUGAAGUUUGGAAAAGGUGGACAGGCGCAUCGAUGCUGUUGCGUUGCCGAUCGUACGGGACACUCCCUGUUACACACGCUUUACGGACAAUCUCUCAGCUACGACUGCAAUUAUUUCAUUGAAUAUUUCGCACUGGACUUGCUGAUGGAAAAUGGACAAUGCGUAGGUGUGAUCGCGCUGAAUUUGGAAGACGGCAGUAUUCACCGUUUCCGGGCUAAAAAUACAGUUUUGGCUACCGGAGGUUAUGGUCGUGCAUACUUCUCUUGCACUUCUGCUCACACGUGCACUGGCGAUGGCACAGCGAUGGUUGCACGCGCAGGCUUGCCUUCUGAAGAUUUGGAAUUCGUACAGUUUCAUCCUACCGGUAUUUAUGGUGCUGGCUGUCUAAUUACUGAAGGAUGUCGUGGCGAGGGUGGUUACCUGAUCAACUCUCAAGGUGAACGUUUCAUGGAACGUUAUGCUCCGGUGGCUAAGGAUCUCGCGUCUCGUGAUGUUGUUUCCCGUUCGAUGACUAUAGAAAUCCGCGAAGGUCGUGGCUGCGGACCCGAAAAGGAUCAUGUGUACCUGCAGCUCCAUCAUCUGCCCCCAGAGCAGCUUGCUCAGCGCUUGCCAGGAAUUUCGGAAACCGCAAUGAUUUUUGCUGGCGUGGAUGUAACUCGUGAGCCAAUCCCUGUGCUGCCGACAGUCCAUUACAACAUGGGUGGAGUCCCAACUAACUAUAAGGGACAGGUCCUAACUAUCGAUUCGUCAGGAAAUGACCAAGUCGUUCCAGGAUUGUAUGCUUGCGGUGAGUCGGCGUGUUCUUCCGUUCAUGGAGCCAAUCGUCUUGGAGCGAACUCAUUGCUGGAUUUGGUCGUGUUUGGCCGUGCCUGCGCCAAAACUAUUGCCGCAGAAAAUCGGCCCGGAGAGAAAAUUCCUGACAUCAAACCAAACGCCGGUGAAGCGUCUGUUGCAAAUCUCGACUGGGUUCGUAAUGCCAACGGUUCGUUGCCCACUUCGGCGCUGCGAUUGAACAUGCAAAAGACUAUGCAAACGCAUGCUGCCGUAUUCCGCGAGGAGAAGAGCUUGCAGGAAGGUGUUCGUAAGAUGGCUGAUAUCUACAAAACCAUAAAAGAUGUAAAAGUUUCUGACCGCUCCCUUGUGUGGAACUCGGAUCUAGUGGAAACGCUGGAACUUCAGAACCUGCUGCUGAACGCAAACAUGACUAUUGUCGCUGCCGAAAAUAGGAAAGAAUCGCGAGGUGCGCAUGCCCGAGAAGAUUAUAAGCAACGAAUGGAUGAAUACGACUUCAGCAAACCUCUAGAGGGACAACAGAAGAAGCCAAUUACGGAACACUGGCGAAAGCAUUCACUCCUUUGGGUUGAUCCAGCUACUGGCAGCGUAAAAAUCGAUUAUCGCCCAGUCAUCGAUCAUACCCUCAACGAGGAAUGUACCACCGUUCCACCGGCUAUCCGUUCAUACUAAAAAAAAUCCUGCUAGUAACAAUUUCUGUUACACCCGCAAAAGGGAUACAAAAUAUUUGAAUGUACACCCGCUAAAAUUAUGACAUCUCAUUUCAUCGUUGUGGAUUAUCCACUCAGCCAAUUGGUAAAAAUUUGCUUCCGAUUUGUAACUAUCAUGAGAUGAUUAUACAUGAGACUUAAUUUGUCGCUGGAUAGCUAAGUUUUCGAUUCUCGUUUCUAGAUCUCAUACACAUUUUUGCAAACGAAUUGCUUUUACGUAAGAAUUAAAUUAUCUACGAACUAUGUAAUGUUUGGCUUGGCGGUGGUCUGAGAAAAGAAAAAUCGAGCAGAUAAUGAAUCCUCAGAAGUAACGAAUACCAUCUGAAAGAGACAAAUGGAGUUCAAUGUUUAUUAUUUAUUGUAAAAAUAAAACAAAAAAGCACUUCUCAAAACGUAA